AUGGACGAUUCCAUGAAUCCAGAUAAUCUUAAGCGAGAACCAAGAUGGGAGGAAGGUGCAUCCAUCGUUAGUUCAGAGCCGUCCGUGACAUGGGGGACGGACGGAAACCCGACACCAGUGGCUACAGAGACUUCGCAGAUGGCAGCAGGUCAAAGUCGAGCAGCAGAUACCGCUUCAUUACCAGAAGGGUUGCUCGAGAGCUCAUUUACGACUACCACCAAUGGGAUAUCCACGACGCCAACCUCGACUAGCAUUUUAUCUGCGGUGUCUGAAACAGCUACUCCGCUGAUCACGAUAUCGACAUUCUCAACUACAUCGACAGAGACACCGAUGACUCUCUCCGGCACGGUCAGUACGACGAGUGCCAGUACCCUUCAAACAGCAGCCCCCGGCGCUUACUCGGGUGGAGGCGGCUCGGUCAAAACCAAACUCGCCAUUGCCCUUCCCAUCGCAAUAGUCGGUCUCAUCAUCCUAGCCCUGCUAUUCUUCUUCAUCCGUCGCCGAAAGCGCCGCAACGCCCGGCAACCUUACGAAAUGAGCGGCACCAACACACCAGGCGUCUCAACCGCCGCUCUGAUGAAUACCACACGCAAGAUAUCCAUUGCCUCUCCAGAACCCGCAGCUAUGAAUCUAUCCCGACUACCAGUCAUCGAUGUCACACGGAGUCACGACCACGAACCGACACCCGGCUCUGCCUCUGCACGCUCAGAAGACGAUCCACGCACAGAACUCGGAAUCGCCAUGGCAGUGCCCGUGGAUCAACGACUCAGCGCUACGGAACAUGAUCUACGUGACUUCAGUCGCCCGGUUUCAUCGGUUAGUCGCCGCGUGAGCAAUGGGCCGUCUAGUGCUGGGUUGGUGAGUGUGCGGAUGCCGUUUGAGAGUCGGAGUGAGGAUAAUGAUGGGGUGUCGAUUAUUUCGGGGGAGCAUGGGCGGACGGAUCAUGAGCGUGAUUUUGAUGAUAUGUCUUCUGUUUCGUCGUUUGAUGAUGAGCAUGAGCGUGAGCGGAUUGAAGGUCAAAGUCAGUCGUUCCGAUGA